AUGAGCACGAGAAGACGCACGAAGGAGAAUUCGAAAAGCUCCAAAAAGAAAGAAGGCAAGAGAGAGCAAAACGGGUUAGGUAAAAUAGGAAACAAAGAAUUACAUUAUGUUGUUAAGCUACACUCGGACGAAGAAAAUAACAGGAACAGCACAAAUAAGAACAAGUACAAACAUGCAAAGAAGAAGAACAAUAAAAGACGAAGCUUAUCAGUACUGGUCCCCAAUUACCAAAAAGACAUAGUAAAUAAUAUCAAACUGGCUGACAAGCUGUAUAAAUUAACAGCUAAUAAAAGCUCAGACGAAUCGGAAGACGAUAAUCGUAUAAAAAGGAAAAACUCAAAAAGGGACAAAAAAAAUGACUCGAAGAGCAAGAAGAACAAACAUAGGAGAAGCCUCACCUGUGGAAGUUACCACUCCGAUAGUGAAAACAGUGUGGACAGCGCGAAAAAUAACAAGAAGGUCGAUAUAAAUAUUAAUGAAGUACAGACAAAGUACAAAAAUAAGAACAUAAAAAUUAUUUACGACGAUGGGUAUUCGAAGAGAAUUGUCGUCCGGGGGGAUAAAAGGAAGGCAGGGAGCAGCGACGGGGAGGACGAAUAUGAAGACGAAAGUGACAGCGAUGAGCAGAGUGAUGACCAAAGUGAUGAUCAAAGUGAUACCCAAAGUGAUCGUGAAAGCGAAUCAGAUGAGGAACGUCGAUGUGGAAGCCAAGGGGAGGAACAUUCUAAAGGCUACAACAGACGAGCGCGCAAAAAAAAACACAGUGGAAGAAAAAAACACAAGGAAGAAAGCAAACCAACCAAGAGGAAGAAAAAAAAAUUCGCCAAACGACACUCCACAACGUUGAGUGACAGUUACUGCGAGGAAAAGAGGAAAAAAAACAUCCACAAGGGGAGGAGGGAAUUCUCGACUCAGAAGUUCGUAGGGGCGAGAAACAGAAAGGAGAGCAGCGAACCGAUAGACAGGAAUUACAAAGAAGAUAAAAAUUAUGGACAAAGGGCAAAGAAGGACUACUACCCUAACAUGUAUGAAAGAGAACAUAGUGAAAAUAGAAAUAAAGACAAAAAUAAUAACACGUUUCAAGAUGUAGAGAUCUUUAAUCCAUGCACAGACAGAGGCAGAAAAGCGAUGACGUACCAAACAUUGAGCACAAGGAGUGACCAAGUGAAAAACAACUUUUUCCUAAACAUUAAGGACAUAGUUUUUAAGCUGCACCUGAACUUACAAAACAUUAAGGAAAUACUGAAAAACAAAAAUGACUAUAUAACGAGCUUGCUAGAAUCGUCAUACAGAAAUAUUCUUGAAAAUGUAAAACGCAACGCAAUAAAGCAGGACAAUUUUUACAGGAUAAUUUUUCACGACUUGUUUAAUUUAUUGAAUGAAUUUAUCAUGGUGGAUGAUUAUACAAAGAAGUUUUUCUUCAGCAUCGAGACGGAGGUAAGACAAAGGUGCUUGGAAAAUAUUAAGAACGAGUUUUACAAUUUCAUCAAUAGGUACUUGCCCUCGGGGGAGAGGAGAAGUGUGUAUAGCCCCAACAGAGGCGGGAACGAGUUGAAUCCGCAGGAUAUGUACAAACACAUCAUGGAUAUGCAUCAAUCUGCCAACAAGCGGAAGAGCCUCUAUUCUGCCCUGGCGUCCUACAACACUGGGGUGGGGCCCACCGGGAGUGGCUUACCCGGUGAAUACCAGACCCACCCCGACAUGCAGAGCAUCUUCCCCCUCAAUAGCCUACAACGGAUGGAAGGUGGGAGGAACGAGCUGGGAAAAAUCGACACCAUGGGAAACAACCUCCCACUUAAAGUAAAAAACGCAAGCAUCUUGCAAAAUAUAAACGAGCAGGAAGAUGCCGUGGAUUACCUAAAAGGAAUUGUAAAAAGCGAAAAGGAAAAAAACAUAAAAUUGGAGUUGCAGUAUGAUGAACUGAAACAAAAAUACGAUCUGUUGAAGAAGAAAAGAGAAGAAGACAUCACCAAGGAAGUUAAUAUGUCUAAAAGUAUCGCAGAUGAAGAAGAUAAUUUUUUUAAAAAAUUUUAUCAGAGUCAGUCAUUUAUCAAAUUGGAGGAAAAAAAACUGGAGGACUCAUCCAAGAGGAUCGUCGACGAAAAUGUUCGUCUGACCAGGAUGAAGGAAAUGAACGAAAACAGCAAAAGGGAAAUAGAGAAAGACAUGAACGAUAUCGAGGUUAGGAGGAAAGAAAUUGAAAAGGACAAAGGCGAUGUCGAAAUUCAGAAAAAGGAGAUCGAACUUGCAAAAGAGGAGAUGAACAAACAAAAAAAACAAUUGGAAGAAGAACAGGACAUACUAAAUCGGAGGAAGAAAGAAUUGGAGGAGGAAAACUCCAUGCUAGAUAACACCAAAAGGGAGGUGGAUGAACAAAAUGAUUUGAUAAAGGAAAAAAGGGCGCAGCUGGACGAGCUGAACAAGUUACUGGACGAAACGCAGAAGCGCGUGGAGGAGGCAGACAACACACUGCGUCAGAAGCAGAAAGAAAUUGACGACACAGAUGUGCUGCUAAACGAGAAACAGAGCACCAUGCAGAGAAUGUGCACCUUAAUGGGAAGGGACAGCCAAAAUCAAAUAAGGGAAGAAGGGGACACUUUGGAGGGGACAAAUAAUAAAUUGAAGAGGGGAAGUACCCAAAUGAAGUCUAACGAGACGGAGCACAGCGUACAAAAUGAUGACCCAAAUCAGCAACCUGACAGUGGGAACGAACCCCACAAAAGAGAAAACGAAGAGAGCAACACAUUCUAUAUGCAAUGUGAUAACCCUAGUUAUACACCCAGUGGGGGGGCUAUCACGGAUAAGCAGGGCACUCUCACUUUAGAAAAAUCGUCAACACGGAUGGUGGAGAACGCCAAACGAAGCAGCGUUCUGUCUUACUUAGGGGACUCGAAAUUUUCUCUGAAAGAUGCUUCGACGAGGAACAGCAACAUGUCGCCAUUAAGUGGUACCCCCCAAAAUGGUCAACUUGCGCUAAAUGAUAAAAACGCCCUAAUGAUGGAGAAGGAAAUUGCGGAAAGGGAAAAGGCCCUUUUAAGUAGAGAGGAAAAACUCAAUGAGGAAAAAGAACAAAUUGCUCAGCAGAUGAACGAACUUAGAAUUUUACGGGAUAACAUUUCGAGCAAAACGGAGGAACUCCAUAUAUGGGAAGAGGAACUAAAAAGGAAAGAAUUACACCUACUAGGCAUGCAACAAGAAGGAGACGGUACACAGCAGGAGGGACAACCAAAUGCCCCUUCAAACAGAACCAACACCCUCCUUUGUAACGCAGAAGAAACGAACAGUUUGGGAGGAAAUGACUCUAAUGGAGGAGUCGAAAAUCAUCAAAUGAGCCACGUGGGAACACCUCAAACUGAAAGCGAUCAUAAGAACACCAGCCAACCGCAUGACGAAGCUGAAAUAAACGAAUCACUACAAAAAGGGGAUAGCACACAUUUGGAAGGUACCAAUUCUUCACAGGAGAAAAAUAUCAACGACAGUUCUUCCAACCCGUGCGGAUCUUCUUCCCCAACAGGUGACAACUUAGACGCAAUAAAAAGCAACCUGAGCAACUGUUUGGAUGAAAUAGCUAAGUACAAACUAUUGCUAAAAAGUAGAGACGAAGAAAUUUGUUCAUUAAAGACACAACUGGGAAGGCAGCAAGGUGAAGCCAACUGGAACGGAGAUGCUACACAAGAGGGGAACAACUCGGGGGAUAAUUCAAAAAUGGGGGAUUCUCCUAGCAAUACGGGUAAUGCGGCGGGAGGGAUAAAUGGACAAACUGAUUCUUCUUCCCUGUCGGGUGAUUUGGGUAAUACAGCCAUGGGUUCUUUGAAGCAGCCAAUCGGAUUUUCAGGCCCCGAGCCUGAGCAGAGUAAGGUACGCACCGAAAAAACCCGCACCAACCCAACGGACGAUCGGGACGAUUGCCCAUAUCCAAACUCAGAAGGGACCGAAUUAAACGCUCAGAAGACGAUGAAAAGUGUUAUUAGCAGCGAGCUAAUCACGUUAUACAAAGAGAUAAGCAAAAUAAAAGAGGAGUACAACAAGAGCAUCCUUAAAAAAAAUGAGUUCAUAGGGGGCCUCCUGCACAAUUUCUUUAACGAAAUGAGAAACAACUACAAGUUGAAGGAAAAUUUUUACCAGAAGGAAUCCAUCAAAUAUCAAGCCCUCAUUAGCGAUAAGGAAUGCUACAUAAACGAACUUAAAAAUGCGUUACAGGAAAAAAAAGCGAAGGAGGUGUCCUACAAAAAGAUGCUACUCAAAAUGAAUCAAAUAAACGAUGCGUACAAAUUAAAAAAUAAAAGAAGCUUGUCCACCGUGGAAAUGUUGAAGCAAGACAUAAAGCUGCUAAAUCAAGACGUCUUAAAAAAAAAAGAAAUGGUAAGUUUUGCAUAA